UUCUCUAUUGAUUCAAAUCAACAUUUUCUAGAGUGGACUUGACCUGUAAGGAAAAUUUUGCCUGUGAGAAAACGGUAUAAGAGUAACCAGCUACAUGUACCGGUAUGUGAUGAUUUUUAUUUCUCUCUUCUAUUUUAGGAAAUGGUCCAUCUCCUUCAUGAAUGAAACUACAUAAUCCUGAUACUUUUCUGCUGAAUCAAUGGAUUAUAUUCUUUGAAGGCUUAAACGCAUGGUGGUAGGCACGAACUACAACCUGGUCACACAAAUAUGCUGAAUAUAUGUAUCACAAGUGAACUUGUUUGGGACGAGUAAUAGUUGCAAAUAUACAUGUACUUCUUAUGCUGCUAGAUCUUCAAUGUUACCAACACAACCUGCAAAACCAACUUGAGGACAGAGCUAUUUGUAAUUUCCAGUAGUCAGCUUAUAUGUACACUGUAAGCAAGAUACAGUAUUGACAGGAUUUCAACUGCAGUGCUGAAACUAGUUUGAUGUUUCUGAAAAUAAUACCUUGACAGUGAGAGGUGCUGGAGGGCUUUUCAAGGGAAUUCAACAAAUACUGCAUUUUGUGAUACAAGUGAAAAUGGCUUUGUGUAAAUCGCAUAGACUGAUAUCACUCUUCAUUGCACUGAUGAUGAUCUCACUAUGUAGAUGUGAUUCUGUUCUUACGGUUACUGAGGAUGAGGACGUCACACUCGAAUUUUUAUAUCCAUGUGACAGUUAUAAAGUGACAAUACAGAAAGCAAACGGGCUUCCCUUUUACAGUUCAGUAAAUCAAGAUGUACGAGGUCUAGAUUUGCCUGCUUAUGAUGUCUACAGGUUUAGUGUGAGUCAUGAAAAUUGUUCAGUUAGGGUUUUCAUAAGUCCUGUAAAAAGAGGCGAUGAGGCAACUUAUAUCUGUUUAGCUUAUAGGUCUGGCAUCACUCAUAUUGAGUUCACAAGGGUAAGAUUAAAUGUGAAUUACCCUCCAGGUAAAGUAUCUUGUACCUUCAAAAUGAGCAUGGAUGUUGCAGUUGGAGAAUGGUUACCACUGCAUUGUACAGCUUCUGUUGGCACUUUGAAAGGGGAGAUUCAAUGCUACCAAGAUUCUAAACGUUUACCCCCUCACAGUAGACUAGUGAAAGCUAGAGAAAUGUUACAACAGAACAUUUGGGUUGUAAGAGAAUAUCCUGUAUUCUGUUGUUCAUCCAUCCUUAAUCAACAUAAAGAUGUGUGUGACUGUAGAGAUUUUACAUGGAAUCCAUUGGGGAAUAGUUCACAGACAAAAGCAAUCGUUGACCCUUGUCCUCUUACUACACCACGCCUGUCCACAACAUUAUCCCAAACCAAAGCAAGAAAAUUUGCAGACACUCAACUUAUCCAAUUUGAAAAAUUACAAAAAAACAUGGAAUCAGCAAAACCAAUAGAUGCAAAAGAGGCACCCAAGCCCCUCGCCCCGGAUAGGGUUAAUCACUUGACCUUGAAACUCAGGCAAGAUCUUCAGUGA